ACAGAGGUCGGGACGUUCCUGCACGCGUGCGAGGGCGAGGCGGUGUGCAAGCUCACUAACGCCAAGGUGCCCUACUUCAACGGGCCCAUCUUUCUGGAGAACAAGACGCAGGUUGGCAAGGUGGAGGAGAUCUUCGGACCGAUCAACGCGUCGAUGUUUACGAUCAAGAUGGCGGAGGGCGUCGUCGCGGGGUCGUACAGCAAGGGGGACAAGUUCCACAUCUCCCCGGAUAAGCUUCUGCCCAUGGAGCGGUUC